GUACGGAAUAGCGAAGCAGUGCUGUGAAUCGACCAGAUAUAUAAUAGUCACGUUGCUUGGCCUUCUUCCUACGAAAUGCUAACUGCUUAUUUAAAUAACGGUAUUCUUUAAUUCAAAUUUAACGCUCCUGUCGUGCUUUGCUUUUCAUUUUUCUAGGCCGCUUAUGCCCGUUUGCUUAGUCGGAAUAUUUAUUUAACACUUUAUGUUUAGUCUUCUGUGUUUUCCGAAUUUACGUUUAUUUUUGUUGCCCUGAUUAAAUUGCAACUCAGACAAUGCUUUUAAGGUCUAUUCUUUCAUUUUAAUGCUGUUUUUCAUGUCUAGGAAACGGGAUGCCUGAAUAUUCCUACUAAUUUAAAAAUUGUUUUUGAAGAGCUCACAAAUGCAUUCAGAUUUCUGUAAUUCUUAACAGAUCUAGAAAUGUAUAGAAAUUUUCAACUUUUUGGCCGUGUAAUAGUAUUAUAUGAUUUCAUUCUCUUUUUAAAUCAUCACGGCACUUAGUAGGUGCUUAAAACCAGUUUUUCCAUAGUAAAGGGUGUUAAUUUGCACUCUUGCUGAUUUUACUUGGGAGAAAUAAUAGAAUACUAAAUAGUUGUGGUUUGAGAAAUUGGACUUGUCAGAAUUUAUAAUUUAUAUGUGUAACAACAGAUGAGAUAUGGAAUAAUUCUUACUUGGGUACAUCAAAAAUGAACCGUGUAGUAUGUUUUGGCUUAAAAAUGGUCCACAAAAAGUGAAAGAAGCAUUUUUCUUAGAAUAUUGUUUUUAGCCAACAAAUGGUUUUCUGAGUUUUUUUUCUGAGACGUUUUAUUUUAUAGUCCCAUACCAGUUGUUUUUUAGAGUAUGGUUUUGUGUUUUGUAAAAAGAUAGAAUAAUGUAAGUGGUUGGAUUAAAUUAGCAGAUGGAACAGCCUCUUCUAAUGUGCUGGGCUUUUAUGCAUUGGACUUACCGUUUGUCCUGAAGAAAAAAUAUUGGCAAAUCACUGCUUUAUUGGUAAUUUCAAGGUUUGACCUUCUCUCUGCCUUAAUUUGGGUUAUCUGGGGCUAAAAUCUUGGAACCAGGGCUGGCUUGGCUUUCAUGGGUGUUCAGAAGGGCCCUGAAGUUGGUGUAAUAAUUUGCAUGUAAAACUGGCAUUGUACAAUAUAAAGGUGAACGGUAAAACUCAUGCUAAUUUAAAUUUUAAAUUUCUCUUUACUCAGAACGCACUAAGCAACAAAUAAAAACACAAGUCGAGAGAGACCUCAGAAGAAAGAAGAAGACUUUUUGUUUUAGUACCUUUAACGACACUUUUUUCUAGUUUCGGACAAGGGGGCCCAAAUUUUCAUUUCAUUUAGGUCCCAAAAAUUAACUGGCUUGUUGUCAGCUUGCCCUUCACAUUGUAAACAUUUUAAGAGUAAAUAACAUUAAUUGUGAGGAGAAUUAAUAUUUAGUUUGAGGGGUUGGAUUAAUUUAUUAGCAUGUAUUUCCUCUGAACUGGAAUGCUGUAGUUUGGGGUUUUUUUUAUUGAAGAGAAAUUAAAGCGUCGUCGGUGAAGCAUUAUAGGGUACUGGUUAAACACAGGCUCUGAAGAGGGGCCGACCCCAACUCCAUCGCUUAAGGAUCAUGGCCUUGGGCAAGUUUCUUAACCUCUGUGAGCUUUGAUUUUUCUCAUUUUUAAAUCCGGGAUGGUUACAGAACAUGGAACGUUAUGUGGAUUAAAUUUUCUGCUCAUCCAACAGGUGAUUCAUGGCAGGGGACGUGGAAGGAUUCUGUUCCUCCAUCCAUGACACCAGUGUCUCUGCUGGGUUCAGAGCACUGUAUGAGGAGCGAUUGCUUCUUGAUGUCACUCUGGUUAUUGAAGAUCAUCAGUUCCAGGCCCAUAAAGCACUGUUGGCCACCCAGAGUGAUUACUUCCGAAUUAUGUUUACUGCAGACAUGAGGGAGCGAGAUCAGGACAAAAUUCAUUUAAAAGGUUUAACUGCUACUGGUUUCAGCCACGUGCUUCAAUUUAUGUACUAUGGAACUAUAGAACUGAGUAUGAAUACUGUUCAUGAGAUCCUUCAGGCUGCCAUGUAUGUUCAACUUAUAGAAGUGGUGAAGUUCUGCUGUUCUUUUCUGUUAGCAAAAAUCUGCUUAGAAAAUUGUGCAGAAAUUAUGAGACUCUUAGAUGAUUUUGGUGUUAACAUCGAGGGAGUCAGGGAGAAGUUGGACGCCUUUCUGCUAGACAACUUUGUGCCACUCAUGUCCAGGCCUGACUUCCUGUCUUAUCUUAGCUUUGAGAAGCUCAUGUCUUAUUUGGAUAAUGAUCAUCUGAGCAAGUUCCCAGAGAUAGAGCUGUACGAGGCUGUGCAGUCUUGGCUGCGGCAUGAUAGAAGACGCUGGAGACAUACCGAUACCAUCAUUCAGAACAUCAGGUUUUGUUUGAUGACCCCAUCCAGUGUUUUUGAGAAGGUUAAGACAUCUGAAUUUUAUAGAUACUCCCGACAGCUGCGCUAUGAAGUUGACCAAGCACUGAAUUACUUUCAGAACGUUCACCAGCAGCCUUUGUUGGACAUGAAAUCAAGCCGCAUCCGUUCUGCCAAACCCCAAACUACAGUAUUCCGAGGCAUGAUUGGACAUAGCAUGGUUAACAGUAAAAUCCUUCUCUUAAAGAAACCAAGAGUCUGGUGGGAAUUGGAGGGCCCACAAGUUCCUCUGCGCCCGGACUGCCUUGCUAUCGUCAAUAACUUUGUGUUCUUGUUGGGCGGGGAAGAACUGGGCCCAGAUGGCGAAUUCCAUGCUUCUUCCAAAGUGUUCAGGUAUGACCCCAGACAAAACUCUUGGCUCCGGAUGGCAGACAUGUCUGUGCCACGUUCAGAGUUUGCAGUUGGUGUCAUUGGAAAGUUUAUUUACGCUGUGGCAGGCAGAACCAGAGAUGAGACUUUCUAUUCAACUGAGAGAUAUGACAUCACCAAUGAUAAGUGGGAAUUCGUGGAUCCUUAUCCAGUUAACAAAUAUGGACAUGAAGGGACAGUGCUCAAUAACAAGUUGUUCAUCACCGGUGGAAUCACCUCGUCUUCCACCUCCAAACAGGUGUGUGUGUUUGACCCCAGUAAAGAAGGGACCAUAGAACAGCGGACCAGGAGAACUCAAGUGGUUACCAACUGUUGGGAGAAUAAGAGCAAAAUGAAUUACGCAAGAUGCUUUCACAAGAUGAUUUCUUACAAUGGCAAGCUUUACGUCUUCGGUGGCGUCUGUGUGAUCUUGAGAGCCUCUUUUGAGUCUCAGGGAUGCCCUUCCACAGAAGUGUACAACCCAGAGACUGAUCAGUGGACCAUUUUGGCAUCCAUGCCAAUUGGCAGAAGUGGCCAUGGCGUGACUGUGCUGGACAAACAGAUAAUGGUUCUUGGAGGCCUUUGCUACAACGGUCACUACAGCGAUUCCAUUCUCACUUUUGAUCCGGAAGAAAACAAGUGGAAGGAAGAUGAGUACCCGCGGAUGCCCUGCAAGCUAGACGGUUUACAAGUGUGCAACCUGCAUUUUCCGGAGUAUAUACUGGAUGAGGUCAGACGUUGCAACUAAUGACAUCUUUCUCCCUUUAAAAAAAGCCAAACAAAAAAUUUGUUUGUGACAGAGUAGUUAAUUCAAAAACAUAAAGAAAAACCUCACCAGUUUUACUAUCAAAGCCAUUGGUGUAAUAUCGUAAAAAAUUUUUCAUUCUGUGCUAGCAUCUUUUUUUUUUUCUUUUUUAGUGGCCUCAGACUCAUGCAAUAAGUUCAUUCAAAGCGCUAGCUGUUGAAACUACUUCCAGGAGCAGUUUAAUAGAGUGAUCCACUUAUCUGGGAAGUUGAUUUUAUGCUUUAAACAUUUCUUUCAGAUAUCAGCGUAGCAGUCACGCCUCUUCUAAGAGAAGACCUGAUAAGUGUCACUGGAUGUAACUUUGGUUCCUAUCUCAAUCUGAAAUCUUUUGGAACAUUUAUUUCAGUGUAUUUCAGUCUGUUAGACCUUUUGGUUUUAUUAUUUACGUUAAAAGUCUUGUCCUUUUUGCAUGGCUUUUUGCUGAAAAUGCAAAAAUAUAAAUUUUCUACAAAGUUAACUUUUUUAUAUUCAAAACACUAUUUCUAAGCUGCCUUCUCUUCUCUGCAUUGUGUUAGUGAAAGCAUACCCAUCCUUGUGUACAUCUUAGGAACAUACAAGGCACAUCUCCUUUUAUGCGUGGUUAGGAUUCUAUAUUUUUAAGCUAGUGCAUUUGCACACACGGUUUGCCAUACUUGUUGAAUUUUAGAUGUAACGUCUUUUCAUGUACUAACAUUUUUAGAAAGUUAAAAUAACUGGAGUCCUCGUCUGGUAUCUUCAGUCCGUACUGAGUCAGUAAUAUUUGAGCUCCUUGUAUUCCUGAGACGUGUAUGGAUUUCUGAAAACUAACAUUUUGUGUUUUAUUUUCAAAAGUAAAUGUUAGUGUUCCUUAUCAAUGUAUGUCUUGUUUUUCAAAAUGUUUUUCUUUGCAGUCCUGGCCCUGCAGCGUGCAAGCACUUUUAAAGAGAAUUUAGGUAAUACCAGACUCCUAAAUAAAGCCCCCUUAAAAGUAAGUGCAACUCACAUUCUUUACAUUCAAUAAAGCUGCUGCAUCUGUUAUUGAAUGGAAAGUAGCAACUUGUGGAAAAUUUGAGUUCAUUUUUGACUUAGAGGUAAGAAGUAGAGUUAUAAUCUAACUGGUUAUAUCUCCUUGUUUAUUUAGUACAAAAUACUUAGUGGCCCUGGGGAUGUAAGCCCCUCAGCCUUUGUUUUAUUUACUGAAAGCUACUAGCAUGAAGGAUAGUAACCUCAAAGUUCAGAAUGCAUCAAGGUUAACUGUUGACAGCAUUUAUAAAAGUGUAGGAUUAGCCGUGCACCUUUCAACUCUUUGAACUCGAAGGAAAAACAUGUAGUUGACAAAAUUAAGCAAGAAUAACCAGGGAGUGGAUCAUUCAAAUUGAUGCCAUUUUCUCUUGAGUAGAGUCUAUAUCUGAUACAGACUAGAUCUACACUGGCAAAACUUGCCAGAGCUUAGGAUAUUGGUGCAAUAUUGCAAUGCCUUCUUCUAUGGCUGUUGUAUAAAUUUUCUAGUUUCACUUUUUUGGUUGUUUUUUUUUGGGGUUUUUUUUUUUUUGUUUUGUUUUGUUUUUUUUUUUUUGCUGCUGCCACCACUGAACACAAAAUGGAAGAGUGAAGUCAUGAUCUUGUUUCCCAUGGUAAUAUGGGUAAAAGUUUUUUCCUACCUUUUAAAGAUCAUUUUUUUAAUCAUUUUUUUUUGAAAACUAGGAAUUAGAUUAGCCAUUUAAUUUUUUUCCUAACAUAUUAGUUGGUUUAGUGUUUUGUUUGUGUGCUGUCUUGCUUUAAAGAAAGUAACGAUAAUGUCUUCAUUGUUUUCCUCAUUGUUGUCUUUUGUUGGAAAAGACCGAGACAGGUACCCCUAACAGGCUUUUACACUUUUACACACCAGUGGUGGUUCUUGUUAAUUGCUUAGAUAAAACUUCAUAGUCCUAGUUAGUGUAAGAUCUGGGCAAACUAUUGAAUAUUCUUGGUUUUCCAUUCUAAAGACACAAGGCCAAGAUCAUAGUUCAUGUUUUAGAAAAUUUGUGAAAUCUUAACUUGAACUAACUGGGUUCAGCUUCAUAUGUGAGUCAUGUCUGACCUGAUGUUAGCUGUAGUCCGUUUUGAGCUUUAAGAAUAGUUGGUAUUGUUUGGGUUCUGAAUGUAUGAGAAAAUUCAUCUGUUGAUAUGUAGUGCUAAUAUAGGUUAUUUUAAAUCCAUGAUUAACCUACAUUCCCUUUUAACAUUAUGGUUCAAUUGCUGAAAGAGAUUUAUUUUUGUUAUACGAAACUAUGGAAGAUUUUUCCAUAGAAUUUUUUUUCAAGGUUAUUUUUUGUGUGCUUCAUUUGGAACCAUUUUUUGUUUAGCUACAUUGUAUGCGCUCAAAAUAGUGGUUUUUUAAAAAUUCAGUAAGAGAUUGGAAACUACAGUGUAACUGUUAUGAUCUGUGUGUGUUAAUUUUCACUUUACAUUUUAAACACCAGACGACAAAAAUUACUGAUCUUCAGUAAUUGCAUCUUAAUUAGAAAUGUUUGUUCUGUUCCGUAUCUUUGACCUUGAAUUUCAGUUUUGAUUUUAAUCUGCUUAAAGAAAAUCCUUGCACUACAACCAUUUCAUAAAAUUCAAGAUUCUCACCUUGAAGGUUUUGUAUUGGAAGAAGUACUACUGGUUUUUAUAAAAGCAAAGCCUAAUUAAUAGAAUUACUAGCUUUUCUUGAGA